AUGCGAACUCUCCUCCUCGCCAAGUGGCAGCAGACCCAGCAAUCCCACACUCAGUCCUUCGAGGUGUACCUCAAGGAAUUAGAGAGGCAACGGGUACUGUUGAAGCACAACAAGCACCAUAUCUCGGAUCAAGAUCUAGUAGAGAAGCUGCUACUGACUACGACAUCGCCUUACAAGGACUGGGUAGCAGAGUGGGUUGCCGAGGAAAGAGAACCGAGAGAGAUG